CUUCGAUACUCAGCUAGGCGAAUGAUAUGGCACUUAGAAUCGAAACAGUCGAACGUCACGCCUGUGGUAGUGUGGAUCGUAGUGUGUCCUGGAAUAGGCAGCUCUCUGGGUAGGGAUAUUUUCCAUCGAACGAUUUUUUUUUUGCGAGGAUCCCGUCGACAAUUCCGUGUUAUAGACGCGGGAUGGAGCUGGACAACCGAUAAAAGUUGGAUCGUAGGACAAACGAUAUGGAAGUGCGACUCUGCGUCUUCUAAGAUUUUUGUUACGCAGUUUCAGAUAUUCAGCGACGUGUUAAUUGAGCGUUUAACGCCGAAAGCUCUAAAUACCGCGGAAUUUAUGACGAAGGAAACACGAAAAUGAUCUGUACGGCACCGACAGUGUUUCUGUUUACUUUCGGGAUCAGUUGCGUCAUAGGGUCUGGGCUUCACGAGCGUUGCGAUACCGACGAAGAUUGUGGAACAAUAGACACAUACUGCAGCAACAAGAUAUGCGCGUGCAAGGAGCAUUUUGCUGUGUUUUACGAUAGCUGCGUUCCACUCGCUCAGCCAAGAAUACGAUGUACGGAUCGAAACCAAUGCCAAGAAGUGAUGGGCAUCAGAAGCAUGUGCACUAAAAAGAGACAAUGCGUGUGCAAGCCUUUUCAUCACUUGCAUCUCGGGCAGUGCGUCAAAAAUAGAGAUUUACACGACAUUUGUGAACACGACCACCAAUGUUAUUGCGGUGCGGGUUGUGAGAAUAAAAUCGCUUGUAUCGGACGUAAUUGCACGUGCAAACACGGGCACAGACCAUACAGAAGCAGGCAAUGCAUAAUUUCCGAUGAUGUACUUCUACCGACUACCACGGAUGUUCACACCAGCCCAUCUCCAACUUCAGCAACUCCCAGCCUGACGACUCCAAUAACUCAGUAUCCGGCCAACGAAACUUUUGUGGACAAUAGCUGUAGACUAUUCCGUAGCUUUAGUUUCUUAGUAUAUGUUCCGAUAGUUAUAAUAAACUUUUGGAAAUAAGGAUUACUUUAGACUGAUAUUCGUAUAUAAUAUAGUAAGAUUUUAUAUUCAACACAAUAAAAAAAUAUUUACUGUGUAAAUAGAAUUUUAUACAUAUUGUAUAUCGAGCAAUUUCAUGACAUCAGGUUAUUUUACCAGGUUUGAUA